GUUUCUCUGCUCUCUAGUUUUAUUGGUCUUUGUAUUGGGAUUGUGGCCUGCGAUAGCGUCGCUGUUUCGUUAUCCCGCGCCUGCAUACUGUGUGGCUCUCUCGCAGCGUUUCUUUUGGAGCCACCCAGAUUGUGUUUUUGCCGGUGGCCAUCGUUUCGACAAGGAGAGAAGGAACGAGUGUUAUCCCAUGUAAACGAAAUGCUUACUUAACAAAUGCUAUGCAGUCUCUACAUUUCACCGAGCUAUUGACAUUAAAGUCUGGAUUUGGCUGAAUGAGCCUCCAUGCCUUUACUGGAGAUUGCUACUGCGCAGCCUGCCUUGCAAAGCCAUUUAUGUGCGCUCAGGGCUCAAAACCAUAUUCAUGGUAAACUUUCAUCAAUUCCCAUUACCUUUGCCAACGAUAAAAGACUGUCCGGUGCUUGGAUAUGCUUUGGUCUCUCUAAAGAACUAAACUUCAAUGUGAGACACUUAGAGGUGCGGAGGGGUAGAUUCCUGAUCAAGGCAGUCGCUACUCUUGAACCCAAGGGUUUGGUUCAGAAUAAAAAUGGACAGAAGCACUGCAAUGUUUCACAAGAUGUUGUCAAUUCAAGUAUACCGAAGAUGGAACCCAAGUUUUCAAGUGAAGAAGGGGAAUCUGACGAGAGAGAGAGGUUGAGAAGAUCGAGAAUAUCCAAAGCAAAUAAGGGAAACAAGCCAUGGAACAAAGGCAGGAAGCACAGUGCUGAAACAAUUCAACGGAUCAGAGAGAGGACAAAACUUGCAAUGCAGGAUCCUAAGGUCAGAAUGAAGUUAAGUAACCUUGGACAUGCUCAGAGCAAAGAGACGAGGAUGAAAAUUGCAGUUGGAGUACGAAUGGGGUGGCAAAGGCGACGUGAGAAGCUGAUUGUGCAGGAAGGUUGCUGCUUUGAGUGGCAGAAUCUAAUUGCAGAAGCAGCUAAACGAGGCUUUGUUGGUGAGGAAGAGCUGCAGUGGGGUUCCUACAAGAUCUUGGAUGAACAGCUCAAGGCUGAGUGGUUAAAGAGUGUUGAACAAAGGAAGAUAAUGCCUAGGCCAAAAGGUAGCAAGAGAGCACCCAAGUCCUCUGAGCAAAGGAGGAAAAUUUCAGAAGCAAUCUCUGCAAAAUGGGCCGAUCCUGAGUACCGUGAUCGGGUCUGCUCUGGCUUGGCUAAAUAUCAUGGGAUUCCACCUGGUACUGAAAGAAGGUCGAGGACAAGGCCAAGUGGUGGUACACGGAUGUCUAGAAGAGACCCCACAAAGAAAAGAGCUGGUGAAAUAAAAAAUUCUUCUAUGGGUGAGACUAAAAUCCAAAAACAGCGAUUAAGGUUGAGGAGGAAUAGUGCACCCUCAUACAAAGAUCCCCUGGCAAGUUCUAAGCUGGAGAUGAUAAAAAACAUUAGAGCAGAGAGAGCAGUUGCAGAAACAAAGAAAACUGAAGCAGUUGAACGAGCAAGGCUUUUAAUUGUUGAAGCUGAGAAGGCUGCCAAGGCACUUGAGGUUGCUGCAAUGAGGAGCCCUAUUGCUCGAGCUUCCCUGAUGGAAACCAGAAAACUUAUAGCUGAAGCAAUUCAAACCAUCCAAUCCGUAGAGACUGGUCAGAUCACUUCUCAUGAGAAUGGCGGAUACCCUUCAGCGGCCUCAAAUGGAAUAACUAGCCUGGUUGAGAAGGAUACAAGUUCAAAAAUUGAAGUUUUAAACCAAACAGAGCUGAGAGAAGUGAACGGGACCCCAUCUGUGCCAAGGGAGGAGGACUUCAACUUUAGCAAGUUCGCCCUACAUGAUUUUCGGAACAAGGAGGGAGAACUGCUCCCAACCAGCUUCAGCGGCGCUGACUCAUCUGGUUUUAGUUUUGAGAGUCUAAUGAAGCAAUCAUGUUCAAGGAAUCACCAUGAGCAGACACAACCAAAUUGGAACAGCGAUAGUGACCAUGGGAGACAGCCGCUGCCAGUGCCAAAUGGACACGAAGUUGAGUCCCCAAAAGAGGAAACACCGUCUGCAUCGGUUACUAUAACCAAAAAAUGGGUUCGUGGAAGGCUCGUUGAAGUAUAAUGUAUAAUGCAAAUUUAAAUACAGCUUAUGCUUCAGUUUGUGGAACAUGGGAAUGUAUAAUGCAAUUCUUUAUCACA